AUGGAGUUUUCCUCAGCAUUCACCUUUCGGCAACAGCCUCAAGAAAACCAAGAAUCCACUAAUGAAGCUCCUAUUCCCGUUCCAUCUCCUGGUAUUCACUGCCCUCACUUUGCGGGAUUUAUAGCAGUAUCCUUCGCAAAGGGUCAUAACACUAUAGGCCUGCAGCCUGUGAUAUCGAAUGCUGCCCCUACAUUUCAAGAUGUAUCCCUUGGUGGUGGCUCAUUCGAUGUUCGAAAAGUCGAAGCGUCUUCUUUUCCGAUUGGUCUGGGUACGGAGAUCUUGAAAGGCCGGAAAUAUGUCGCCGUUAAACAUCCUCGGACGCAAGAUGAUGGUUCUGUAUCAUUUGCCGACAUAGCCCUAGAAUUACAGAUCUUGCGGCACCCUCCCGUCCAGAAAAAUGAGAAUAUUGUCGACUUAUUGGCUGUCAUGUAUCAUGAUACCGGAAACAAGGAGGGAAUAAGGGUUGUUCCUGCUUUGGUGCUUGAAUAUGCUGAGUAUGGAAAUCUCAAGUCAUACCAAGAAGCAGGUUAUGCGCAUUCACUCCAUGAGAAGCUAGACAUUGCUAUCGACGCAGCCAGGGGGCUUGAAGGCCUUCACGAAGCAGGGAUUGUCCACGGCGAUGUCAAGCCCUCCAAUCUACUUGUAUUCAAGCAUCCAACCAAAAAAACCAUUGUCAAAAUCAGCGACUUUGGCUUUGCGAUGCCAAUGCAAGGUGGCCAGCUCAUCGGAAGUACCGAGGUCUACCGUGCACCUGAGGCAAAGACAGCAGAUUUCAGCAGCCGGUAUCUUCGUCAACAAGAUAUUUACUCUUUCGGCUUGACACUGUGGACGGUUCUAGGCGAUGGAGUGGCUUACCACAGUACUUUACCAGACGGCGAUAAGCUCGAGAACGUUUGGAAACUUAAGAAGUCCAACCUGAUAGCGAGCCUUGCUACUUUCAAUGUCCUACAUCGUCUGAGACGAGAGAGCUAUCCACUUAUGACUCUGGCGAAAGUCAUUCUCACGUGCUUGCAGUUCUCCCCAGAGAAGAGAUUCUCAAGCAUGUCCAAAAUUAUCGAUCAUCUUGAAGUCACAAAAUCUAUCGUCAAUAGCCUGGACGGGCAUGAUACUCCAGAUGCCAGCGCUUUAAGAGCUGCGCUUCCUACCUUCGAGAGCAUCGUGUACAGAGCCAAAAUCCCUGCAUCAGAUGGAGAGAGAUCAGAAAGAAUGAUUCUGAAGGGACUCACUACUUUGGUCUUUGCCUAUCUCAGACAAGAGCUUGGUCUUCAGGAUACUCCCGCAAACAUUGAUCCCUGGCAGAUGUGUAAUAUGAUGACUCACUUCUUGCCAAAAGCACAUGAGCGGUACUAUUCCUCAUUCAUUCUAGAUGAGUCGCCUUUUAUCGCUGCGCUUCAGGGUAUUUCAAAAUCAAGGCUUGAGAAGACGAUAUCAGAGCUCUUACCUACCAUAUCGCAACUCUUACCCAGGGAAGCUAAUCCAAGCGAAACCAGUGAAGCUCAGCCUGUUUCUGCUGUGAAUGCCUGUUUACUCAUCUUGGACUGUGCUGGCCUUUUGAAUGAGCCAUUCAAUACCGUAUUGUUCUCAGCGUACUCGAAUGUGGAGCAAAUGCAGCUUUUCAAAGACCAAGACUUCAACCCUGAUAUUAAGAAAAGCUCAAACAUCCUGCAAAAGAUUCCAAAGCCUGCCAGGGUCGCCCUCUUCAAUAGCCUAAAAACUAUCUUUGAGACAUCUACUAAUCAGAAUGAAAGAGCGCAAGCCGCCAUAAACCUUACUAGUGCCUACAUGGAUGACAUAGGAGUUGAGUACGACUUGAAGUCGGCGGCUUACUAUAUACGUCAAGCAGCACAGCUUGGUUCCGAAGAAGCUCGCACUCUCUACACAUCUGUAUUCUCUCACGUUCCUGGUCAAGAGACUCCAGACCAGGAGACGUUGCGUACCUGGGUUGUCGAUUCAGCCCAAGCUGGGAACCCAGUUGCUCUCUGGAGGCUGAAAGAUGACUGGCCUUCCGACUGGCAACAAGUUAAUCAGAAAGUUCAGCUAGAUGAACUAACUUGUCUCGGCAUUAACAUCGGCGCGUCCGAAGACUUGUCUUCCAUGUUAGAAGCCUUGUCCCUGAGUGAGGUCGAGUUUUCUCACUCCAGGGAUAUUCUAUUGUGGAGUAUUGUUAUGGACAAGCCAGACGUUACAGCCACCUGCCUAAAUCAAAACAAUGGCUUGGUCGAGUUGGCGCUGCAGAAUGACGAGACACCUUUACUCCUCGCUGCCCGUCUUGGUCGAAAGCACGUUCUGGAGACGAUAUUACAACACCCUGGAUGCGGCAGUGCUGCACAGAUUGCGGACGAAAGGGGUAUAACACCUCUUCACUGGCUCUGCUCCUUUAAAGACGAAGACCAUGAAAUCAUCGCAAAGCUUCUGGUCAGCAAAGGUGCCGAUCUAAACUCCCCUGCUUGUACAAUAUCACACACCCAAUAUGGAAUAAAGGUCAACGAAGAUGGACUCAUGAUUCAAACUCCUCUACACUGGGCUAUCACCCAGAAGAGACUAUCUGCUGUGGAUACUCUUAUCAAAUUGGGUGCAGAUCCAACAUUCUGUAUGGAGGUAGAGGAGAGGGAGGGAUCACAUCUCUCACCACUUGAACUCGCAUGUGGACUGUGCUACUCGCCAGUGGUCGAACGGCUUCUCCAAGAGCCAACAGUCCAGAAAGAAGCCAGCAAACCAAAACCAAUGGUAGGUGGAGGUGAGCUGAUGUAUUUGCCUCUUUUCCAUGUUAUAUCCGGAACCCCGCGCUGGCAACGCCUGUUGACUUUGGGAGUCGAUUUUGAAUCGGAGACAAAGAAGACGAUGAAAGCCUUGAUUGAGAACGGCGCACCUACUGAUGCUGUCUUGCAACUUGGAAGCAACGUUAAGAUGGCAGCAGUCUUUGCCACGGCGUACCAUCAAUGCGCAGUAGAUCUUAUGGUUUCAGGUCUUGAGCUGGGAUUCGCGAAUCAGAUCAACGCUACCUUCGGCAGAAUGUCCAGUGGAGGCUCUGCUUUGUUUCUAGCCAUUACGCAUGGUGAUCGCGAUAUGUUCAAGGCUCUUGUCGAUGCUGGUGCAGAUGUCAAUGCGGUAGAUGCUGAUGGUCUUAACGCGCUGCACCGUGCUGCAAAAGAAACAGACGACGUCUACUUCGCCAAGACGCUUCUCGAUAAGGGCCUUCCGGUCGAUCCGAUCACGCCAGAGCCUUUCAGCGCUUUCUACGCUGCCACUUACAGUGGAAAUCUUACUGUUGCACAGUAUCUAUUCGACAAUGGUGCGGAUAGAGACCGUGUCCCUAUGUCGAUGAAGAGGAGUAUAAUAUCAGACAUGCUCUCGACUGGUACCAGAAAUGCCCUCUAUCGGGUCAAGUUCUUGCUCAGUCUUCCAGAUCGUAAUGGCUCUGAUGGAUUCAUGGUAAAAGUCGGCGAUGAGACGUUCUCCUUGUUCCACUUCACUAUCAAGUAUGUCGGAGAAUUCGCUGGAGACAACGAGGUCACUGGCAUCAUGAUUGUCGAACUCCUUCGGAAGUACAAUUCCCAGGAACAACUCGACAACACAGCGGGACCACAUAAGAUGACAGCUCUAGCAGUAGCUGCCGAAGCUGGCAACUAUUUCGUCGUGAGACGACUUCUCGAGUACGGCGCAAAUCCGAAUAUUCCUGACCAAUAUGGCCGAACAGCGUUGGAUCUGGUGUACAAGAGAUACUGUUUCCCAGAAAAGCUUCCGGCUUUUGAAGAAGCAGAUUUGGAUGAUGAGAAGAUGGUAAAUAAGAUUCUGAAUGCUGCGAAUGAGAACACGACUGAGUUGAUGAGUCUUCUCAAGGCCCAUAACGCUGAGACUAGGAGUUGGAGUGCGCCGUCGUGGAUUGACGCUGACAGUGGAUUGCGUAGCUUGGAUUGGGUGUUGUAUGGCCUCCGCGAAGAUCGUAAAUCAUAGUGGGCAAAGUCGGGUCAAAGCGGCUCAACCGUCGCUUAUCAACAACAGA